GGAGAAGGUGAAGGAGGAUAAGAUACUGGACAAAAGUAGAUGCCUACCUCAUGGUACAGUCUUCCUUUGGGGAAAGUUCAUGCUGAAAAACUGAAGCAACUAGUGGGUGAAUAUGAUCAAAUUUCUCUACCAAGCUGUCAGUCUGAUAAAGAAAAACGCUUUUUGUCACCCUAAUGAAGCAUUCAAACAAGUCCUGUGACUCUUUUCAAGAUGAACUUGAAAAUUACAUUAAAGCACAGAAAGCCAGAGGCCUAGAGCCAGAGACUUCUUUCAGAAGGAUGAGAGAGGACUAUUUAAGAAAUGGUAGGUACAGAGAAGAGGCUGAUUCCAGACCUAGGUACAGAAUGUUUGACCCAGGAUUUUCAUCUGGAACCAUCCAGACCCAUCCAAGAUCCUGCAGUAUUUCACAAACCGUACAGAACCGGUUCCCAGCUCACGACAGCAAGCUGUCACUAGACACUCUGGGUUACUGUCAGUUUAGCAGGGACUAUUUCUCAGAAAAAACAGUGCCCCUGAACUUUAGUCAGCAAGAAUACAAUUGUGGCUCAUACAGCCUAGAGCUUGGAGUUCACAAACACCUCUGCUCAGGUUACAGCGACAGCGACUCUCAUGCCAGUCAUAAACAUAUGCAUCCAAAAAGGAAAAGGCACCUAGAAGAAGACAGAGAAAGAACUGAGAAAGAGCGGCCCAAACAUGAGAGAAAAAGAAGUUCUGAGGAAGUGGAUUUAAACAAACAAAAGAGCAUCCAAAGAAAGAAACCGAAGGGAGAAACAGAAACUGAACCAGUCAGUACAGAAAAGCUUAAGACUCAAAAAGAGAGAAAAACCCGAGAUGAAGCCUCUAAGAGAGAGGACCGCAAGCGCAGAAAGGAGAAGGAACAGGGCGAAGAAAGGACGGAGGAAGAAAUGCUCUGGGACCAGUCUAUCCUUGGAUUUUGAAACUCUUCAAUUGGUUCUCCUGGGAUUAAGUUGAAAAAUAUUUGAGGAGCUUGGUUUCAUGAUACUCAUGCCACUUAUCCUAUGUCAAGAGGUACUUUAAUUUCUGACAGUGAGCACAAAGUAUUUAGUUUGCUUGUUUUCCAAUAUGAAAAUUACAUUUUCUAAAAGCGUCAUUACAUCUUACAUAUAAUUUCCCU